UAUCUCCCCAUUCUCUUUCUUCUCGCUUUCUUUUGUCUCUCUUCGUCCUCCGUGCUCUUGCCGUUGCGCCGCGCGUACCCUUUACAACAGUCUCCUCGAAAGCUAGUCUUCUACAACCCACAAUUCAUCACCAUGAAGUUCACGCUCAUGUCUACCGUCUUCCUGGCUGCCGCCACCUCCGUCUUUGCCACCCCCAUGGCCCCCGUUAAGCGCGGUGUCAACCCAAGUCAGGUUCUCGACUUUGGUGUUGCCCGCGGAAAGAACCCCACCGGCACCGGCGACUGCUCUGGGCUCAGAGGAAUCAAGAUCCCUUGCUCUUGCCCACCCACUCGCGCUGACUUUAUCAACUCCCUCAAUGCCAACGUGAAGGCCGGCCAUGAUAUCCACAACCCCGCUGUCCCCGCGCCAUUCCCGAGCGACAACUCCAUCCGCUCGCAGAUCACCCGUCUCCAGACGCAAAUUUCGUCCCUCCAGAACCUGCGGGGCCCUGGCGUCGGCUGCCCUGCUGUCUCGACCAACUGGAAUGACAAACUGGCCCAACUCAUCGCUCGCCAGAAACGUGACGAUGGGGAGGAUGAUCAUGACGACGAGGACUUCGGAUUUGACGACGAAGUUGACGAUGAGUUUGAGGAUGAUGAGGAGUAG